ACACACUGCGCUGUCAUGCCUCCUGUGACUUUUGACAAAUAUGGGCAUGUCGGCAUGCUCGCUUGUGCAUGCGUGUCUAAAAACAGACUCAAAUGUGACACACUCUUCUUCUCGCUUGACCGGUCCACCGUUUGUCCUCUGGACCUCCAGCUGCGCAACGUCCUCGCGUCCGCGGUGUCCCGAUCUCGGCGGUGUUCCGGUCUCCGCGGUGUCCCGGUCUCCGUGCUGUGUCGUGGUCUCCACAAGGUGGUCAUGGAGAGUCUGGAGAAGCAGCUGAUCUGUCCCAUUUGUUUGGAGAUGUUCUCCAAGCCCGUUGUCAUCUUACCGUGUCAACACAACCUCUGUCGCAAGUGUGCCAACGACGUCUUCCAGGCAGCCAACCCCUACCUGAGCUCCAGAGGUGGAUCCACGGCGCCAUGUGGCGGCCGCUUCCGCUGCCCGUCGUGCCGUCACGAGGUUCUGCUGGAUCGCCACGGCGUCUACGGACUGCAGAGGAACCUGCUGGUGGAGAACAUCAUCGACAUGUACAAACAAGGAAGCGGCAGCAAGGCGACGUCACUUCCUGAUGUGGGGGGGGAGCAUCCGGUGUGCGAGCAUCACGAGAAGGAGAAGAUCAACAUCUACUGCCUGAGCUGCGGCGUUCCCACUUGUUCCCUCUGCAAGGUGUUUGGCGUCCACAAAGACUGCCAGGUGGCGCUACUCGACGUCACCUUCGCCAAACAGAAGGCGGAGCUGAGCGAGUGCAUCUCGCUGCUGGUGGUCGCCAACGAGCGGAUUCAGGCCGUCACGAGUCAGCUGGACGACGCCCGCAGAGCGGUGGACGACAACGGUCGCCGGCAAAAGUCCAAGGUGUGCGAGUCGUUCGACCAUCUGUUCGCCGUGCUGGAGGAGCGAAAAGGCGAGCUGAACGCCCGCAUCGGCGCCGAGCAGCAGGAGAAACUGGACUACUUGGCGGGACUCAGGAUGAAGUACGGCCAACACCUGGAGAACGCCGCCGAGCUCCUGGAGAACGCCAUCCGCGCCAUGGACCGGGCCGAGAUGGCCGCCUUCCUGCAGGACAGCAAGCCGCUGCUGCAAAAGAUGGCGGCGGGAAGCGACACGUCAAAACUGGAAAAAGUUCAGUUGGGAUAUGAGAAGAUGGAGCACUUUUGCGCCAACUUUGAGCGCCAGAAGAAGGCGCUGAUGGCCGUCAAUUUCGUCAAGAUGGUUGAUGCCAACGAUGCCAACGAAGACGACACAUCCGUGGAGGUGAGUGGUUCCAAAGUGAGCGGAGCGACGCCAGCACCCUCAGCCAAUCAUCCGCCUGCUUUUCUUUCAUACUUGGAGGCCCCGCCCCCUCUGACCGUACACACCAAAACUCCUCCUCCAGAAAACCGGGCCACGCCCCCUCCUACCCCAACCAAUGCUAACUCCGCCCCUCAGGCGGCGUCUGAGCAAGUCGCCGACGAUGACGACGCAAACAGACACGUUUUCUCCUUCAGCUGGCUCAAUCACAAGUGACCUCCUCCUCCUCCUCCUGCACCUCCUCCUCCUCUUCCCGGCCAUCCUGCUUGUCACCAAUUGUGUUUGGAAGUGAACACAAUCAAUCACCGCUGGAAAACUUUUCUGCUCAUUUUAUUCUUUAAUUGGACAUAAAGAAGUGACAUUCAACACUC